CGCCACGUUUAGCAAACAAGACCACUUUUUCUAGUCAGGAGGUGAAAAACUUAGCAAAUUAACUUCUCCCAGUUCUUCCAUCAGAUCGAACAGUAAUCGGUUCUACAAUCAAACUCUUUGCCUGUUGGGGAAAAAGAAGUAUAAACUGGAGUAAAAUACAGACUUUCAGUCCGAAAGCAUACAGCAAUCUUUGUUUUAAACAACUGGAAAGGCAUGUUUGGGUCGCCCGCAUUCUGCGCAACUGCAUGAGAUCAGGAGAACUUGCAUGGUGUGGUAACACGUUGAAAUGAUAGGAAGUGAAGAUUGGUGGUAAGGCAUUCGGCUUCUGUACUGGGUGAAAGAAACUGAAAUAUUUUAUGUACAGUACUAACUGCCUUUCAGAUCGGGGUCUUGCAGUCAUUUCAAGGAAUUCUUCGGUGGGUAAGCAGCUGUUGGCAUGAAGAUCGAGUUUGCCCCUAUAAAUAUCCCUCUGAGGAGAAGGAUGCAGACGUUUGCUGUUCUCAAGUGGAUCUUCACAUUUUUGUUCUUAGGUCAAAUCUGCCUGUUGCUCUUUGGGAUGCUCAUCUUUGCUGGUCACUGGUAUGUUGUUGCAUUUUACUGUGUUUGGUUGUAUCUUGACUGGGAGACACCAAAUCAGGGUGGAAGAAGGUCAGAGUGGGUCAGAAACUGGACUAUCUGGAAUUACUUCCGGGACUACUUUCCUAUUCAUCUUGUGAAAACAACGGAUCUGGAUCCACAAUACAACUAUCUGUUUGGAUAUCAUCCUCACGGGGUGCUAGUAGCUGGAGCCUUUGGAAACUUUUGCAGUGAAGCUACAGGAUUUCAGAAGUUGUUUCCAGGUUUGACCUCAUAUCUGUGCAUACUGCCAGUCUGGUUCAAGCUUCCAUUUUACAGGGAUUACAUCAUGUGUGCAGGUCUUGUCUCAUGUGUGAAGAGCAGUGUUUCUCACGUUCUGAGUAGGGAGGGAGGCGGGAAUGUGGCUGUCAUUGUGAUAGGCGGUGCUGAGGAAUCUCUGGCUGCCAGACCUGGAGCACUAACUUUGAAAACCCUUAACAGGAAAGGUUUUAUUAAACUGGCCAUAAAACACGGAGCACAUCUGGUUCCAGUCUUUUCCUUUGGGGAAAAUGAACUCUUUAAUCAAGUAAACAAUCCAAAAGGAUCACUUCUUCGGAGAAUGCAGGAAAUAUUAAGGAAGAUUGCAGGAUUUACGCUGCCAUUGUUCCAUGCCAGGGGAGUCUUCCAGUACACCUUUGGUCUGUUACCAUAUAGGAAGCCUAUUUACACCAUAGUAGGAAAACCAAUAAUUGUACAGCAAAACCACACACCGUCAACUGAUGAGAUUGAAGCACUACACAAAAAGUAUACCGAUGCAUUAAAUAAAUUAUUUGAAGAACACAAAGUUCAGUAUGGAAUUCCAGAAAAAGAUCAUCUCCUUUUCACUUGACUUUUAGCUUUGAACAUCUGAAUUCAUACAAAGGAGAUAGUCAUACUAUAGGCUAUAAUUUUAACUUUGGAAGAUACAUAUUUAACAAGAGAUGAAUAUUCAAUAAUGAUUUGAUUUCUGGACUCUUAUAAUCACACUUGGAAAGUUGAUCUGUGACAUUUGAAAUGUUCAACUUCAGUGAUAAACACUUUUGCAGAAGCAGUCGUGUAAUGUGUGGCUCAAGAGAACAGCUAAUGUACUGCACAUGGCAAUUAAAUGAUCUGUCUAUUUAGAAGUUCAAUCCAAUUGAAUUUGGCAUGUGCUAAGUGAGCCUAGUAUUUUCAACAAACUGUCAGCUGAUUUUGGGAUUUCAAAAGUUGUACCAGAAAGCCUUAUACAUUGGAAUUAUUUUAAGAUCAAAUUGCCCCAAGAUAUUAACUAUAAAUCAUGGAGAAGGACUUAGCAUUGCCAAAGUAUCUCUUCAAACUUGUCUAAGGUACCAGCAGUAAAAAAGCAUCAAAAUAUUGACAACAUAGCUGUAACCACUAUAAAAUGUUUUGCCAAUUGUGAAAACAAAAUAUCUAAAUGUUUAUCAUGGAAUCUUAUAAUACAACUGCAAAAGAACCUCAAUAAAAGAACAUUAGUGUAUAUUGUUUGUUUCUCACUGUAAUCUUUUAAAUCUGAAAAUUACAAUCCAAAGAUCUGGCUUAUAUUUUUAAAUGUAUCAUAGUCCUAUGAAUGAAUGGAGUUUGUGUUUUUUUAAAGAAAAUUAAGUAUUUUUUUAAAAAAAAGGUGGGGGAGAGAGAAUGAGAGCACAAACAUAAAUAAUUAGUAACUGAUGAAUGAGUUAACAAUACAUACGUUUUUAAAAUCACAGGUUUUGUUUGUGUUUCUCUUAAUUUUAAGAAUCAUUAACUAUUCUAAGGACCCAAUCUGGUUGGUUCCUGUAACCAAACAAAACUGGACUCUACCUCACUUGAUAGGAGUUUGUUUUUUCAUCAAAUAAACCAAACAGAUUUAAAUUUUUCUAUUGAAAAUAGUUUUUUGGUACCACAGAAUAUACUUUCUUUCUCUAUCAAAGUAGUUUGUCGAGAUCAAGUAAUUUCACUAA